AUGGCCCUUUGGGCGGGUGAAAAUAACGUGGAUAGCGUUGAUGUUCCACGGGAAGCUCUUGAAAUGACAGGAUUGGGUGCGUCAUCGUCUGCUAAGUGUCUUUGUGACUACCGUGCGCGAGUCUACUAUGCGUCUUUCGCCAAUAUUGGUGAAGAAAUGGAACCACCUGUGGAGAUAUCACCCGGAUCCGAACAGAAGCCGACUGGACUAGAACGACGACGUCGAAUCGUUUCCCGUGUGGUGGCCGUGUCGCUCGUUCUCGAUGGCAAAGUUAUAAGGCUACCAGAACUUCCUAAGCCGAUCAUCAUCACAUUCCAUCAUUACCCUGAAGCUUUACGACGGAUGUCCUCGCCUGAAUGCUCUUGGUGGGAUACUGAAGACAUGAAGUGGUCUACAAGUGGAUGCUCCCUACAAUCGCAUAAUUCUACUCAUACCGUAUGCGCUUGUAGCCAUAUGACUCAUUUUGCCGUUUUGAUGGAUUAUGUCGGUCAUGAGAUUUCCUCCGGGGAUACUCAACUUCUUACAUUUCUCACAUAUACCGGUUGCACGCUGUCAAUAGUCUGCCUUACUCUGACAUUCUUCUGUUUUGUUGUCUUCGUCAAAGGAGGAGGCGAUAGAGUGUUCAUCCAUAAAAAUCUCUGCGCUUCUCUUGGUAUAGCGGAGUUGGUGUUCCUGGCAGGAAUUUGGAGGACAGAAGAAAAGUUUGAAUGCGGUAUGAUCGCUGGCUGCCUCCUUUAUUUCUUUCUAUCGGCCUUAACCUGGAUGUUACUCGAGGGCUACCAGCUUUACCAGAUGCUUGUUGAGGUGUUCCCUGCCUCACGACGUCGAUUUACCUUUUUCCUUGUUGGCUAUGGCCUACCAGCUAUCAUUACUGGAGCAGCCGCUUAUUACGACCCGACUGGUUUUGGA